GGCAAAGAAAAUGGCGAGUUGUGGGACUAAAGUGCCGGGCUCAGCUCUCUGCUUCUUGCUACUGCUGUUCUUCACUUGGAGUUGUGGCUGCGCCCAAGCCGAGGAGGAGAAAGAGGAACAGCGUUCCUGCCACGGCGCCUUCGACCUCUAUUUCAUCUUGGACAAGUCAGGCAGCGUGAGACAUCACUGGACAGAAAUUUACUCCUUUGUUGAAAGUCUGGCUGAAAAAUUCAUAAGCCCAAUGUUGCGGAUGUCUUUCAUUGUCUUCUCCUCCAAGGGAACUACCAUCAUGAAGUUGACAGAAGAUAGAGAAGCAAUACGCCGGGGUCUAGAAGUCCUUCGGUAUGAAGUGCCUGGAGGAGACACGUUCAUGCAUAAAGGAUUUGAAAGGGCAAAUGAGCAGAUUUACCAUGAAAACUAUGGAGGUCUCCAUACUGCUAGUGUAAUCAUUGCUCUGACGGAUGGAGAACUGCAGGAGGAACAGUUUUAUUUUGCAGAGAAAGAAGCUGACAGAGCCAGGGCCUUUGGGGCUAUUGUCUACUGCGUGGGAGUAAAAGAUUUCAAUGAGACACAGCUGUCGACGAUUGCUGAUAGCAUUGACCAUGUGUUUCCUGUUACUGGUGGAUUUCACGCCCUUCGAGGUGUCAUUGAUUCUAUCCUGAAGAAAUCCUGCAUUGAAAUCUUAGCGGUAGAGCCUUCUAGUGUGUGUGCGGGAGAGUCCUUCCAAGUGGUGGUUCGAGGCAACGGCUUCUAUCACGCACGGAAUAUCGACCAAGUUCUCUGCAGCUUUAAGAUCAAUGACACCGUUACCAUUAAUGAGAAACCAACAGUUGUGCAAGAUACAUACUUAUUUUGUCCUGCACCAAAGCUAGAUGAGAUUGGACAGGUGGUUUUUCUACAAGUCAGCAUGAACAAGGGACUCACUUUCAUCUCCAGCUCAGUCAGUAUCACCAGCACCAAAUGUCUCAGUGGAACCAUUCUCUUCAUUGCACUGUUGGUUCUGUUUCUGUUGUUGGCCCUGGCCCUGCUCUGGUGGUUCUGGCCUCUUUGCUGCACAGUGGUGAUUAAGGAACCACCCCCACCUCCACCCCCACCAGCAGACUCAGAUGAAGAAGAUGGAUUACCCAAGAAAAAAUGGCCAACAGUAGAUGCCUCUUAUUAUGGUGGUCGAGGAGUUGGAGGGAUUAAAAGAAUGGAGGUGAGAUGGGGAGACAAAGGCUCAACAGAGGAAGGGGCCAAAUUGGAAAAGCCCAAAAAUGCUGUCAUCAAAUUACCAGAGCAAGAAUUUGAGCCUUGGGAGCCUAAACCAAAGAAGCACAGCCGGAAAGAGCUUCCCUCACAGAGAAAGUGGUACACUCCCAUCAAGGGCAAACUGGAUGCUUUGUGGGCUUUGGUUCGACAAGGCUACGACCAAGUGUCACUUAUGAGACCCCAGCCAGGAGACAAGGGAAGGUGCAUUAACUUCACCCGAGUAAAAUCUGAUGGCAAACCAACUGCCUUCAAGCAACCUCCAAGACCACCCCCCAGCCACGAGAGCGUGCCCCUCAACAACGCCCCCCGAGGCCCUCCUCCCCCUCCAACGUCUCUUCAGCCUCCUUCCAGGCAGCUGCCUCCUGUCCCCCCUCCUGCACGGCUGCCCCCAGGACCCCCACCGUCCCGCCCACCCCCUCAGCCUGACUUUUAAAACUCCAAAGGAACCAAGAUUGACAAAACCCAGUUCUUUGCUGAAUUCAACAUAUUUAUUGAGUCUUGGUUUACAGCUGAAAAAUAUUGGAAUUUGUUGCUGGUCAGCAAAAAAAAAUUACCAUGUGUCAACUUACUAUAUGAAAUAUUUUUAUAUAUCACAUACAUUGAGUGGAUUUAUCAGUAGGUAAAUCCAGGUAUCUGCCCUGAUGUGUAUGGGGGUACCUAGGUCCCCAUAUAUACCCAAUUAAAUCAUUUAUAUACCGGGAUGACUCAUCCACUCCUAAUGUUUCCUCAUUAUUCACAAUUCCAGAAUAGAGCAUUCAGAAAUUCACAGGGUCUGCUUUCCUUGGGAGGGUGAGAAAAGCUCUCUGAGCUGUGAAUGAAACAAACACUUUCUCCUUCUAACAAGGAGAUUACUUCUCUCCCAAAUAUUUUCAAGUCAGUCCUGUUGACCCACCCUUUUUCCCUUGCUCCACAUGCCCAGUUCCUAUUGGCACGAUCAAGAAUUCUUCAUAUGGUACGGGGCAGCAUGCCCCCUGAUAGGGUGAAUUGGAUGGCAUUGCUUCUGCCCUUUCUCCAACCGCAGAGAUUUUCAUUCAAAUGAUCAAAAUCACAUCUGAGGUUUCUACGUUGAUCCAAUCAAGCCUCAGUCCACAAUCGUUUUCGGUUCCAUUGGUUGUGGUUGAUGAAAAAGAAAGAAGCAAGCCUUUUCCUUGAUUUUUGUCAUUGGCCAUCUUCAAAGAAAGCAGGCUUUCUGGGAAAGGAUAGUUUUAUCUCAGAGCACAUUACCCUCAUAAGUGUGCAUGUGUGUAAGGGGGAGUGUGCCUGGUGUUGCCCCGUGCAUACAAAUAUACCAAAAUUUUCUGACGUGGGGUUAUGUGGAGUAACUCAGGCAUGGCCCAAGAAGGGAAAACCAUAAGUGAGGUGCCUCCCGUUAUCCCGAAUGAAUCUUGAUAAGUUAAACUUCCUAGUCUCGUAUGUUAUAUUUAUACCAUAUCAGAAGGAGUUUCUCUGCAGGGCAAAGUACAAAUCUGAAUGUGUUUGGUUUUGUGUUUAUGUGUGUGUUUUUAGGCAGUAUUGUUUGUAUUAGUUGUGUAGUUGUAGAAAUGAUAAUGAUCUCCCCGGGUUUUUUUUUUCUUUUUUUAUGUUACGCUGGUAUGGUAUGUAUAUAAUGUACAUGCAUGUGCUAUUGGCAGGGGCAUCUAGGACAAACUGACUUCAUGCCUUCAAGUAACCAUGUCUGUGAGUCAUUAUUUCCAAUGGAAAUUCCCCAGUUGCAGUGCAAUAAUCUAUCCUUACAAUGGGGCUCAAAAUUCUCUCCUCUCUUCUUUCUUUGAUCCUUGUCACCACUACUACAUCCUUCUGCAUCCAAAGAGCAAGGCUUGGCUAAUUGGGAUCAACUCCUUGUCCAUUAUGUUCAAAUGAGAUAAUAUUUGUAAAGCACUUAGCACGGUGCCCAGUUCAUAGUUGGCACUUAAUAAAUGCUUCUUCCCUUCCCCCCUACCCCUUUCAACACUCAACCUAAAGCUGCACUGAUUAGGUUCCUAUCCCCUCCUUCCUCUCCCCCUGAAUAGUUACAUAAACCUAAUCUGCCUACCAAACUGACUCCUAGUCUUUGUGAGAAUUCUCCUUUAUAGGAGGGCUUGUUUGGGCAGGACAUCGGAUCCCUUAGAGAAAGGAUGCUCUCGAAAUGCAAAGUAGGAGAACAACAGCAGCAGCUGGGCUGAGGGACUACAGGUGGGGAGCUUCAGAAACACGAUGCCCUGUUGCUGGAUCCCUUCAGGUGGGGUUGGGGGUGGGAGGGAAGAGGUAGGGAGAGACCCCAAUCAGAAGGCCAGGAUGUCUGAGCAACUUGGUUAUGACGUGGAGAAGGCUUUACUCCUUGCUUCAUGAUUCCUGGUACAGUGGAAGGAACAUUCAUUCUGGAGUCCGUUAUGGAAUCCAUAAAAUGAGAUCCCUUCCAGGUCUGGAUCUGUGUUCAUAUCAAUUGCCCACUCCUGUACACCUGCUUUGCUUUUGAAUUUGCCUGAUUAGAGGCAUUUCACUCCAGCUUCUUAAAGUUAUGACCUUUCAUUGCUUUUGCAGCCAGAAUCCCUUUUGGUUUCUCCAAGGGACCAGUCAUGAGAUUCGUGCCAGUUCAGAAUUUUCAAUCCACUCUCAAAGUUGUCUGGGCAAAUUAGAGGUUUGUUUUAGGGUACAUCUGAUGUCGAAUGUGGCCUGAAGCUCUUCCAGAAUGGGGAUUGGGUUUUUCAGGUGCACAUCAAAACAAAUGCUGUAGGGAUAACUAGGUGGCACAGUGGAUAAAGCACUGGCCCUGGAUUCAGAAGGACUUGAGUUCAAAUAUGACCUCAGACACUUGACACUAGCUGUGUGACCCUGGGCAAGUCUC